AUGAGUUACUCUGCUCGGAUGACCGUCGUCCUUCUUCUCGUCUCCCUCAUAUUUUCUGCUGCCGCCGCCAAGCUAUUGGCUGAGGAUUACCUGAAGUGCAUGUGGAUGUUUGAUUCCGACUCCGACGAAGAGGGUUUCGUUGACGAGCGGUGCUAUAGGGGUUUUUGGUUAUUGCCAUAUAUAGACGUACUGCCGCCUGAGUAUGUAAAAGCUCUCUCCAUAUGGUAUAACAACAACCACACGCGCCUCCAUCUCGAAAUCUGCCGCCUCAAUAUCGACCGUUGUCCGGAGCAGACACUGAAACUCGUCAACGCCUACUUACAUGACGUGAGUUGCACUGGUCGUGGCCGAGUCCUUAGAACCAAACUCGUGCAUUAUUUAUCCCACGAGUCGCCAUUCUAUGACCCAACCCUAUCCCCAGAAGAAGCCUCCCGCCUCGACCGGGACUUCUCCGCCUCCCGAGCCUCCUAUCUCCUCGCUGCUUCCGCCACCACAACAACAUCCAUCGUCGAGACGCCGCUCGAGCCCAAAAAAGACAACUCCGCUUUUCUCGCUCGCGUGCAUGUCGGCACCAACAACGACGACCAACGCGACAUGUUUGUCAUAGUCGACACGGGCUCGAGCCUGCUGUGGGUCCACUGCAACCCAGACAACGGCUACGCUCCAGCACCGGUGUUCGACCCCAAGCGCUCCUCCACCUUCCGCAAGGAGAUGUGCAACGACUCGGCCAGCGCCUGCUCUCCUAGUUACAGAUGGCUCACGUGCGGGGACAAGUACUGCAGGUUCAAAAUCGCCUACGUCAAGGGAGACUGCAGUGGUUACCUUGGCCGGGAGACAUUCGAGUUCGAACCCCUCGAUGAGGUGGAGGCCGACAGGUUCAUUCUCCACAACAUCACCUUCGGCUGCGCCACUAUCUCGAAUCUGAGAGUCGACGGCGUGUUAGGACUCAACGCUAAUCGCGUCUCCCUCAUCUCGCAGACGGGGUCCACGCGCUUCGCCUACUGCAUCGGCAACAUCAGCGACCCCACGUACCCUUACAACAUACUGAUUCUAGACGAUAAUAAUGAGAUCGGGCUCCACGGCUCCCCAACGCCCCUCGUCGUCAACAACCAUUACUACAUCAACCUCGAGGGCGUCACGGUCGGAGGUCAAUCCGUCAUGGGAUUCAACUUCCGCAUCUCGAUGCUAAUGGACUUGGGCUCAACCUACACCUUACUUUCCAUGUCGCUCCUCAAGAAGCUCGAGGCUGCAGUUGCGGACGUGAUUGGAGGCAACCUGACUAGGACCUACUCGAUUAAGUUCGACAAGGCCUACACUUUAUUGUGCUAUGUAGGGUUUGUGGGCAGAGACCUGGCGGGGUUCCCUGUGGUGGAAUUCAACUUCUACGGAGGGGCCGUGCUCGAGCUCUCCGCUGAAAAUAUGUUCAAGGACAAUGGGGAUGGCAAUUUCUGCCUCACGGCAGCCCCAUCUGAGCAGUACAACUUUGACUUCGCCCUCCUGGGGAACUACAUGCAGCAAUAUUUUUAUAUUGCCUUUGAUCUCAAGGAAAAUGAACUCUCAUUCCUCAAGAUGGACUGUGAUAUUUUACAUCAAGAUUAA